AUGGAGAGAAAUUGUCAAGUGAGGAGCCUGGCUCAUCUCUUAGAUAGUGUGGAAAUGGCCUACAGAACAGAUGUUAAACUUUACACCUCCGGACACUUAAAUCAUAACAAGAUUUAUAAGCCUUCAGAGAAAAUAAAACAAGGACUAUGGUACUCUGCCAGGAAACAAACUAGUUUCAUGACAGAAGGAAAUCAAUUCCCAGCUGAAAAUGAGAGAGCAAGGAAGAUUAAAAGAUUUUCAGGUAACUUCUGUUCCAGCAUCCCUCUGCUUCCAGCCCAGGCUGAAUCUACCUGCCCUAACAACAGACGUCCACAGUCAUCUGUGACUGGUGUUGGUGCCUCAGCAGAUUUUUCUACUCCACUGGAAAUGUUAAAGUUGAAAGCGCUUAAAAAGAAAGAAUACCAGUUCGUACCUUCAUACUUAGCUGGUGUAACUAAAACUGAACAGUUUAAGAAGUUCCUACAUUUCCAGAAGGAUUUCAUAGCAAAGCAUGAACUGUUACAGAAUGAUUUCACAGGGAGCAAAGUACCAGAGCAGCAUGAAAGACAGCUGUCUAAGGAGCUCCAGAAAAUCUGUGGCUGUGAUCCCCUCCAUUUCAAGCAGCUACAGGUUGUUGAGGAAGUAUUUGAAAAUAUAUGCAACAGCUCUCUGGUAUUUGGUGAUAUUCUGACAGAAAUUAAGGCUCUGAAGGCUCAGGUCAAAGGGAUGGAAACAAAGCCUUCAAAGGCUCCAAAAAUAGAGGCACUCAGGAAAGAUGUACAAGUUCUCAUGAAGAAAGCCAAAACAUGCAGCAGACAUGAGACAAAGAGGAUAGCACGAAAACCGCUUUCUGUUUCUGAACAGCUUGAAUCUAUGAGGUGUAAAGUUCUCGAUAAAGGGGAGGAAAUGAACAUACUAGAGACUGAGAAGAAAGAAACAAUGGUUUAUGCUGGGACAGUGGAUAUCAUGGAAAACACUCUUAAAGAAAUAGAGGAAGUUGAAGGAAAUAUCACAGAAAUUUUAGAUAAAUUGAGAAUCACUCAGGAAAAUCAAAGAUGGGCUCGUGAUCGAGGGGUGGACUUGACCACGGACACUACUGCACAGGUUAUCCAUGAAUGUGAAACGUGUGCUGCAAUCAAACAGGCCAAGCGGUUAAAGCCUCUGUGGUAUGGAGGACGAUGGUUGAAAAUGGAUGGCUGGACAUAUCCCGUGCUCCGUGCCACUGCCCGGAACACUAUCCUGGGCCUUAAAAAGCAAGUCUUAUGGCGACAUGGCACCCCCCAAAGAAUUGAGUCAGACAAUGGGACUCAUUUCCAAAACAACCUCCUAGACACCUGGGCCAAGGAGCAUGACAUUGAGUGGGUGUAUCACAUCCCCUAUCAUGCACCAGCCUCCAGGAAAAUUGAAUGA